AUGCUGACAAUAAGUCAAGCUUUUGUAGUCCUCGUCAUUUUUCUGUUAAUCGUUGAGUUUUUCAAACUGCGAAAGGCAUGCAAGCAAUUCCCUCCUGGACCAACUCCUCUCCCAUUGCUUGGAAACUUGCACCUGAACUUUCAGUUUCAUCGGGAUCUUCUGAUAGAGCUAGCAAAAACUCAUGGUAACAUAUAUACUUUGUGGUUCGGGUGGACGCCAGUGAUCAUACUGAAUGGAUAUCAUGCAGUGAAGGAUGGUAUGACUACGUACCCUGAAGACGUUUCUGGGCGGAUGGUAUCGCCUUUCUUCAGAGCAAUGGCCAAAGGAAAAGGUAUUAUACUGGCAAGUGGUCGCUCCUGGAAGCAGCAGAGACGCUUUGGUAUAAUGACUCUACGCAGUCUGGGAAUGGGGAAAAAAGGCCUGGAGUAUCGAGUGCAAGAGGAGGCUGCUCACCUGGUGGAGUUCUUUGUGAACCAAAAAGGAAGACCUGUGGAUCCUUCUUUCCCUCUUUUCCAUUCUAUUUCAAAUGUGAUUUGUGCUCUGGUUUUUGGAUAUCACUUCUCUAAUGAGGACAAAACCUUCCACGAACUGAUCAGUGCCACGGAGAAUCUAUUCAGAUUUGCAGGCAGCUUUGUUCAUCGGCUGUAUGAAAUUUUACCUUGGCUGAUGUGCCGUCUCCCUGGUCCUCAUCAGAAAGCGUUAUCUUGCUAUGAUUUUCUGAGCUCUUUUGCAAGGAAGGAGAUCAGAAGACAUGUGGAGAGAGGGAUACCAGAUGAACCACAGGAUUUCAUUGACUUUUACCUGGCUGAGAUGGAGAAAUCUAAAGAUGGGGCCAAAGCCAAAUAUGAUGAAGAAAAUUUGGUAUAUGUUAUAAAUGAUCUUUUUCUUGGUGGAUCAGAGACCUCAAGCACAACAUUGCACUGGGGACUGCUCUUCAUGGUAUCGAAUCCAGACAUCCAAGAGAAAGUGCAGAAGGAGCUGGAUGCUGUUUUGGGUCCUUCACAGUUAAUUUGCUAUGAGGAUCGGAAAGAGCUGCCCUACACAAAUGCUGUGGUUCACGAGGUUCAGCGCUUCAGCAAUAUUAUCUCAGUUGGCAUGCCCAGAGUGUGUGUGAGGGACACAAUAUUACUAGGAUUCCCUGUCAAAAAGGGUACCAUUGUUUUGCCAAAUAUAGCAUCUGUUCUGUAUGACCCUGAGCAAUGGGAGACACCUCGGCAGUUCAACCCUGGCCAUUUUCUGGAUAAAGAAGGAAACUUUAUGCCUCGAGAAGCCUUCUUACCGUUCUCAGCAGGGCACCGUGUGUGUUUGGGGGAGCAUCUAGCGAGGACUGAGCUCUUCAUUUUCUUUGCCAACCUGCUGCGUGCCUUCACAUUCCAGCUGCCUGAGGGGGUGACGAAAAUCAACACAGAGCCCAUUUUUGGGGGUACACUGCAGCCCCACCCAUACAGGGUUUGUGCUAUUCCACGCUAG